UCGGUUUCGCAUCAGCCACAGCGAGCAGCAGUCAGCAGAUGAUUCCGAUGAAAGUGGAAACGCUUGUUUAGUUUAUCCUCAGAUUUCCUUCCGACUGGUCGUGCGCGGAGCUGCAAUGGCUUGCAUGUGGAGUUUGCCAUCUAAUUCUAACGGUCGUUGAAAUGAAUGAUGUGCAUCGGCUUUAAAACAAACCUUUUUGGUGUUUUGGUUGGAGUGCUAUAAGAAGGGGUUGAAGCCAAGCAUAGAGUGGUCGGUCAUUCGUUCCUGUAGUGAACGGUUCCCUUUUUCGAAGGCCCACGCGGUCCAUAGAGUAGUUUCGUCAAUAUUGAUAAGUGCACUGCUGAGUGUAUUGCGAGUGGUUUGGAAGACCGGGCAUUUGUUUACUAACCAACGGGCCACGGCAGCACCGGUGCGUGAAAAAUAUCUUCCAAUCAAUAACGGCCACCGGGCAUUUAAUAAUUGAUGGGCCAUCGACCUGUGCAGUGAAUGGAGCAUUAUUAAUCAGAUGUGAUGAAAUUUCCAAAAAGUGAUGUAAUGAAAGAAUAAUUCCCAUCGCACACAGUGGCGCAGUUUGUUCCAUGAGCCGGAAUUGAUAGGCCGGAGACGGUUCAACGAGAGAGUUCAACGGAAGUGGGCACCUGCCGACUGAUUGUGUGGUUUGGCGCGAGACUCACCUUAGAAAUCCGGUCCCGGGCGAGUUAUUUGGGCCGGGUGUGUGUUUGUGUUUGGUCGAGAGAAAACAACGGAACGUGUCUCGGUUAGAUAAAAUUUGUAUCUGAACUCAAGGAUCCAUUGGAUUAACAAGCGGAUCCGGACCAAAUAUAGUUGUAAGGCCUGAAGAGGCACUCAUUGUUAUUUUUGUACUUAUACUAUGGAUAGGCGCUAUCGGGCUUUUCUUCCACCGGUGGGGGAAAAUCCGAAUGCUGGAGCCUUAUCAGCCAAAGUUUAUUCAACAACAUCGAGGUUCCUGUCCGUUGGUGGAGCUGGACUUGGAUUUACCACCGGUUCCGCAGAGAUCAUCACUGUCGAAGAUGUCCUUGGGUCUCCAGUCGACGAUGACGUCUGUCUGCUCGGGAGGAUAUCCCGGCUAUACCCGUCCCCGGCAGAAUUCCGUUUUUGUGGGGCCGCACGUGUUUUCGCCACCGCAACCGCCCAGAAAAACACGCUCAGCUGUCGACAUCCACUCGAUGAUACUCAGCGAAGGCGAGUCAGAAGCGGUCUAGUUCCACCCGAACGCCUUCCAUUCCCAUCCCCCUGGAACUAAGAACAAAAAAAAACAGAUGAGCACGAAAAGAUGCAUCCUACAAAACAUUUCAAUAUUUUUGUAUCAUGACAUACCGAUGAUAUAUUUAUAUUUGAAUUUCCUUUUUAUACACACAACAUGUUGACAGCCGCUAGCCAGAGUGGAAGCUGGAAAUUACUGACAGAAUUUACCCUCGUUGAAUAUGAAGUAGAAAGUAGAUCAUUUUCUCUCAUAUUGAAAGUGUUGUUUAUACUCAUACCGUUUUACGACCAAACUAGACGUUAUUUCUAGAAACUUGAAAAGGUUAGAGCAUGCAUUCUUUGGUAGAAGACUAAACGGGUUUACUUGUGUGUGUAAGAAACUUUCAGAUGAAACACAAUUUAUGAUAUACCGAGAAGAGUAAAUUCUAAAAAUAGCCUAUUAUUGAUGAUAGGGAAACAGUACUAAGAAUAAUGCAGAGUAGUAUACACAUCUACGGUUUUAUAUUAUACAUUUUCAUAAGAUGCAUUUAUCUCAAGCUGUUUGGGGUUGCGUUUAAAGAUAUAGGGUAGAAGCUUCAGUUUUGACCAGCCCAGAGUUUUGGCCAUAGUGCGGUAUUCAGCCUGUAACGAUCUAAAUUGACAUAAAUUUAUUAUUUACUAGUAGAUUCUAAUAUAAAAAUAUGAUUGCAGAUGUUAAAACCUUACAUUUUGAUUAAAAACUGGAAGAAAAAAAUAAUUUUCCUUAAAAAAUCAGAUCCCAUAUAUCUAUUUUGGCCAGGGUGCUUCUAAUUUGGCCAGUCCCAUAAGAAAUACACGUGAUUGGCCAAAAUAGAAACCAAAGCUGAGAAUAUGGCCAAAACUGCGGCAAGACUUCUAUUUUGGCCAGUGCCACUUUUAAUACAAAAAUCAAGUAUUAGCUUGAUUUCUGCAUUUUUCUAAUAAAGUAUAGAUAGAAACCUUUCAUUUAACACAUUGGUAGUUUUCAUUGGAUUAUUGAUUAUUUUUAUAAAAAUGAUUUCCCUUAGACUGGCCAAAACCGGCGCUUGCACCCUAGUAGCCAGUACAAACCCGAAGCUUCAUUUGUCUGAGAGAAAGUUAAUUGAGCGAACCAAUGCGCCACAAUUUCCGUCAAUUUUUUCCAUCCUAAAGGUAGACCUGACCUAAUACUCAAACCAUGUUAUAAACCUUUCCAAAGUUUUAAUGAUAUUCAUUAGAUACUUAAGACAUAAACAUCCCAUGUCAGAUAAAUUCGUUAAGCAAGCUAAAUAAGAGAUAUAUGAUUGAAACCUAAAUGCCCAUUAAAUACCAAAAUAAAUAUUUGUUUGGAACAUCAUAUUGAUAGGUGUCUAAAUAAAAUCCAAAGAUCUUAUAUUAACCUCAGUCCCUUCGUCGAAUAUGUAGCAACCUGAUAGCGUUGUCUAACUAGUGAGUGAUUGUUGACAAAGACUAGACCAAAGAAAAUAAAUGAAAAUCUUUUAAAUAAAGUUGUUCACA